CGGCUUUGGUUCUAAUGGAUACAACCUUCUACUCGAGCACAGCGGCGGACAUCAGCCAGUGGGCUUAAGCUGACAACGCAGGUUGACAGUGCUACGGUUUGACACAGGCUAUUGUAUUGAGAGACGGUGACGGUGCUGAUGGGGGACACAGGAUCGCGGCGUUCCACUCUGGUCUCCAGGCUACCGAUAUUCAGGCGAAGCACCUCAAAAAGGCGUGACUCCCUCCCAUCCUCACCAUCCUCUGCCACCAAUGGGGUCCACACCUCCUCCCCAUCCAGCACUAACUCCAGUUCCAGCAGUGUGGGAAAACGUAGGAACAUCUUCCGAACUGCUUCCAUUGGCUUCCACAGCAAAAAGACUCAUGAGCAUCGAGCGGAGGGCCGUGACUCCAAUUUGACUCUCUGCAACGGAGUUCAGUCCCUGGAAGGUUCAAGUCAGAAGGAGCAUGCUGAAGAGGGCGUCAGGACCAAGAGCAGGCAUUCAUUUGGGUUAAGCGUUCCACGGGGCAAAAAGAUUACCCGAUCGAUGACUGAGGACUUUGAGAAGGGGAAGGACCUGUCUGGCAACAAAAACGUUUUCAUGAAUUGCAUCAGCUCGGGGAGAUCCAGCAUCGAUGAGGGCGAUGAUUCCGGUUUCCCGGAUGACCACAGCAGGCGUUCCGCCAAGCACUCCAGCCGGAAGCUGCUCCCCAAAUCCUUCUCCACGCACUACAAGCUCUCGAAACAGAACCAGUCAAUAAUCGCAUCAGACCAGCCCAAGGUGUCACCAGAGGCCAGCAAGGCCACAAUAAGGGGGCCUGUAAUAGAGGAAUGCUCGAAGUAUCUGCAGGUUGAGAAUACAGAAGGCUCAUUGCAUUCGCCUCUACUUUCAAGUGACAACACAACAAUACUAACCCCUUCUGAAUUUGUGCCAAUAUCGGCAGACUCAGUUUCCGAGGCUGAUAAGGAGCUUCUGGUCUGCAAUGCUGCUGAAACAGUUCUGAACACAACUGAGCUCGACCCUGCUGCCACUACUACCUCCGUGAACUCGCUCAGCCCUGCUGCUAAAACCUUGACGUAUGCUGAUUGCAGUCACCUAAAAGAGACUGCUCUGCUUUCUGAUGAGGAGAUCCCUAAAACCCAAUCUCACCACACCCAACAAGCAGCCCCUCAAACUGAAGAAAGUCUACAGAUAUUUGAUUUCCUGGGAACUAAGGGGAACAGUAAAGGUGAAACCCAGCCAAGGCUGCCCAAAGCCACCACUGAGAGAGUCUCUUCUGUUGCACUUGAUCUGUCGUCGGCACAAAAUGGCCUGGGUGUCACAAAUCUAUCCACUGAGCCAAUGUAUAAGUUAGCCAUCACAAACUCGAUACCCAUGAUCAAACCUCAAGAGCAGUGCCAUGGAACAUCUCACUCAACAGUGACGGUGAACAGGACUUUCAGUCCCCGCCAUGAGGAGAAGUGGGUGGAGAGGCGCCUGAGGUCAUCCUCCGAGGGCACGUCUGGACGGCGAAUGAGCCACGGGGUCCGAGAUGGGCGCGUGGAAGAAUUGCACAGUCUAAAGGGGCAAAGGGCGGGCUCAUCAUCUUCCAAGAUGAACAGCAUGGAUGUUCUAAACAGAUUGGGAUCCUGUGACCUGGAUGAGGAUGAUUUGAUGCUGGACUUGGAGUUCUUGGAAGAUCAGCGUCAUCAGUGUGACAAUGCUGCCACCAAACAUUUUGUGUGCCGUGAAGACUCAAACCACUCCAUUAAAUCGUGUGUGGAGAUUCUACACGUACCAGCUGAACUCAAGAUGAAGUUUGAAGCACCAAAAGUCCCAGAGACUCCGAAAGAAUUUCCAUUUGUACAGUCUUCAAAAGAAGGAGAGCUUUGUGAAUCUAGACCUCUUCGGUACAACCAUUGGCCCAGCGCUACAUCCUCAGAUGGGUCACUUCAGAGGGAGGAGGAAACUGGUGGUGGUCUGGAAGCCAUGUCCUUGCGGUUGAUGAUGCAGGACUGCACAGCAGUAAAGACAAUGCUUCUCAAACUGAAGAGGAUUCUGCAGGAGAGUGCAGAGAUGAGUCCCGCCAGCAGCACUCAUUCGCUUCCUGUCAGUCCCAUCACUGAGAUGCCUUCUCCUUUUAAGGAUCCAAAAGAUGAAAGCUCACUUCUUAGGCUCCAGUUGAAGGAGAAAGAUGAACUGAUUUCCCAACUUCGUGACGAACUUGAUCGCAAUCAAAGUGUGCAAAGGGCACAUUCCUCACGAGCAGACAAGUCCACGCAGACAGAGAUUCUCAGUCACGACAGAAAGCCGUUCUGUUACUAUGCUGUCAACUCUGCAGGCCAAACUUCUGUGAGCAAUUUGACUUCUCUGCAUAUGGUCCCAAUUCUGAAAGUGUAUGAAAUAUGCCAACUUCACCUCUUGGACGGGAAGAGGGCAAGGAGUAAGUUGAUUGCCAAGGAACGAGGAUGCAAAAAAGGAAAGGAGAAACGAUUAAAUGUCAAGCCUGAAAGUGGCACCCAGCCCUUUGCAUAUGUAAAUAAGGCACCUAUAAUGAACCCAGGCAGGACUAAUGGAUUAGAUUGGGAGCAACUGCUCCUGUUGGCAGAAGGGACGAGGCCAGGGGGCUCCGAUUUAAAGCAAUUGACGAUCAAUGCAAGACUUAGGCUAAAUGGACUCGAAUACAAUGGAUGGUAUUUAACGGAGCUGACGGGGAUCUCAGCCGCUGGCUGGAAAACCGUUGAGAACACCGUGCAGCUUCCUUUGGGAAGAUCUGCUGAAUUAACUGGGCAUGGCCACAUCACCAAUUCAGCAUCGCAUUGUAGCUUGCUGAUUGAAUCCGGUGUUGAAUUGGCCAACAUGGACCAUGACAGCGUCUCUCAGCUAGUGACUCCCAGCUAUCAGAAUCGAUAUCUGGGGUCUACAUGUCGUGCUUGCAAGUAUCUUCGAAGCCGAGCUUUGGGAGACCUAACGGCCGUCUGA